AUGGCUUCAAAAGUUGCAUCUGAUGUAUCAUCAAAAUAUGUUACAAAUGAUAUAGAAUUAAAUCGAAAUAUGACUAAACAAAAUAAUAAUAGUCAACAUCGUCAUAAAAAUGUAACAUCGUCUAAAAAACUUAGUCUAUUACUUCAUCGAACAUUAACGUAUUCCUAUCGUCAACGUUGUUGUUCAUGUAUACCCUAUAUUUUGUGUGAAAUUUUAUUUCCAUUAUUAAUGAUCAUCAUUUUGGCUCUAACACGUUGGGGAACAAAUGGAGCACUUAAUAGUGCCUCAGAAACUGGUUUAGUCGGUGGUGGUAGUGGAAAUAAUAGUAAUCAGAUGACAAGUUUAAAUCAAUUUGUUGAAUGUCCACAGUCUGAAUCUAAAUCAGUAUUAUCAACAAAAUUAUUAUCGACAUGUUUCGAAUUUCCAGAAAAUUUUCUUACACAAAAUGAUAGUUCAUCAUCAACAACAUCAUUUAUAUUUCAACCAAAAAAUGAUGAAAUUGAUGAACUAGUUAAAUUAGGUAAAGAAUAUCUAGAAAAAAUAUCUUGUAUAAAUAAUACAAUUGAAAGUAAAAUGGUAAAUACAGCUGAUGAUGAUGAUUUAUUACAAAAUCGACGAGCAAAUACAAUUAUUAUUGAUUUUUCACCAUCAUUAUCAUCAUCAGCAUUAAAAACAAUUCGCACCAUCUAUUAUACAAUUUAUGUUCGAAUGCCACCUAAAUAUCAACAAACACCAAAUGUCAUUGAUUAUUCAUUUUUAUCAUUUGAACAUCCAACUUUAAUUGAAGAUCGAUCAAAUAAAACAUAUAAAACUCUGAAUGGUGGAAAAAAUUUUACCGAAUUUCCUCAAUUUUCCAAUAUUAAAUUGUUUAUUGAUACUCUAUUAAUUAGUUAUCAAACUGGUAAAAAAAAUUUAACAAUUGAAUUAGAACGAAAUGUUAUGAAAUGUACCAAAUAUCGAAAAGAUGUACUAUAUACAUCAAAAACAACUGCUUUUACCAUUAUUAUUCUCGUGUUUAUUGACAUUGUCUUUCUGAUACCGUUUAUUAUUCUAUUGAAUAGUAUGAUUAAAGAAAAAAAUAAUAAAGUAAAAGAAAUAUUGAAAGUGAUUAAUAUUGAACCAAUAUUAAACAACAUAGCAUGGGCUGUGAGGUAUGAUUAA